AUGUCUUCUAAUUAUCCAAAUAGUUGCGGCUUCAAACGCGAGUUCAACAGCGAUGAAAUAAGCCCUAUAAUGGUGCAGGAUCCUUCUUGCAUAAUCUUCUAUUCCUGUCCCAACCUAUCCGACUUGGAUGAUACUACUACUCCUUUCUAUACAGUAAAAGACCGUUUUAGCCCCGAAGAGAAAAGAAUCUUGGAGAAUACUUUCAUCCACUGGAGCCACACUAUAAGCUCUUCUUUGGAUGAAAUUUCACAAACCAAAAGGCUGAGAAGAACCACAAGCAUCCCAAUUUCUCUAGAAAAUCUCUCAAUAAACCCGAUUUAUGGCUCGAAUUAUAAUAAAAAUAGCAUCCAAACGCACAUCAGAGAUCACAUAAAAAGUUGUUCGCAGAUGUACCGCGCUGCCGAGGCAGUUGAAGAGGCAGCACAAGACAUGAUUAAUUCGGAAGGCGGCGGAGAAGAUGGCUGCGAUGGAAUGAGGCUUGUUCAACUGCUAAUCUCUUGCGCCGAGGCCGUUGCGUGUCGUGACAAAUCGCACGCUUCGAUACUUCUAUCAGAACUCAAGUCUAGCGCCUUGGUUUUCGGCACCGCCUUCCAGCGAGUAGCGUCCUGCUACGUGCAGGGCUUGUCCGAGCGAUUGUCUUUGAUUCAGCCGUGUUUUGGUCCGGUGGCGGUGGCGCAACCAAUGAUGAACAUAAUGGACGCCGCUUCGGAGAAGAUGGAAGAAGCGUUCAGGCUGGUGUAUGAAAUCUGUCCACAUAUUCGAUUCGGACAUUUCGUGGCAAAUUCCGCGAUAGUGGAAGCCUUUGAGGGUGAGAGUCUUGUCCAUGUGGUAGACCUCGGCAUGAGUCUAGGCCUAUCACAUGGUCACCAAUGGAGGGGCCUAAUCCAAUCCUUGGCCAACCGCUCCGGGGCCUGUGUUCGCAGGCUCCGGAUCACCGCGGUUGGUCUCUGUAUUGGCAGAUUCCGGAUCAUUGGUGAUGAACUCUCUGUUUACGCGAAUAGCAUGGGAAUCAACUUUGAAUUCUCCGUUGUGCAGAAGAAUCUAGAGAAUCUAAAACCUGAAGAUGUCAUAAAAGAAGAUAAUGAGGUUCUUGUGGUGAAUAGUAUCCUUCAGUUGCAUUGUGUUGUUAAAGAAAGCCGUGGCGCUUUGAACUCUGUGCUUCAGAUGAUUCACGGGCUUUCGCCAAAGGUAUUGGUUAUGGUUGAGCAGGAUUCGAGUCACAAUGGACCGUUUUUUCUUGGAAGGUUUAUGGAAUCUUUGCAUUACUACUCUGCAAUAUUUGAUUCGCUUGAUGCAAUGUUGCCCAAGUAUGAUACGAAGAGAGCGAAGAUGGAGCAGUUUUACUUUGCUGAGGAGAUAAAGAACAUUGUGAGCUGUGAGGGGCCGCUUCGGAUGGAGCGGCACGAGAGGGUGGACCAGUGGCGGAGGAGGAUGAGCCGGGCGGGGUUCCAGGGUUCGCCGAUUAAGAUGGUGGCGCAGGCAAAGCAGUGGCUUGUGAAGAACAAGGUUUGUGAUGGAUAUACUGUUGUGGAAGAGAAAGGGUGCUUGGUUCUUGGUUGGAAAUCAAAGCCUAUUGUUGCAGCUUCUUGUUGGAAGUGUUGA